AUGAUCAAAAGUUUUCUGGAGUCAAUACCCGAACUUCAUACGGCAUUGGGUCCUGCUAACAGCGUGCUACUAGCCAAGGUCCGAGAGCUGUGCCGCCCUCAAAUCACAAGCCACAGCCUCAAUACGAUCCGGCAGACCAUUGAGGCGGACGUUACUUACAUGAAGUCUGCGCUAGAUCUUCGAAAUCAGAGAACCUUUGCUGUCAAAGCGGGCAUCAACGGAAUGCUUGAUGUUGCUCGCCAGACAUACAAAGAGCUCACAGAAGAUAUCCACCAGCACAUCGAUGCUCUGAAUGAGGCACAUGGACUUGAUGCUAGCCUCCGAUACGAUAAUGGGCGUAAGUAUUGGCUUAGGCUACGAGCGGCAGACUUUGAUGACCGUCCCCUUCCGGACCUGUUGAUCAACGUGGUACGAAAGAAGGACAAGAUUGAAUGCCAGACACUUGACUUGGUCAAGCUCAAUCUGAGGUUAUCCGAUACCUCUAAUGAGGUUGUCAUUCGAAGCGACAAGGUUAUACAAGACUUGCUGAAAGAACUACGUUCCGACAUCCCACACUUGUUCCGCGUUUGCGAAUCGGUUGCGCUUGUCGACAUGAUCACUUCCUUUGCGCAGCUUGCAACUACCAGGGACUACGUGAAGCCAGAUCUCAGCACGACGCUCGCAUUGAAAGCAGCGAGACACCCUGUCCUCGAUAAAACUAUGAACGGCACCUUUGUGCCCAACGAUUACUACUCCACAGAGCAAUAUUGCUUCCACAUCGUGACGGGUUGUAAUAUGAGUGGGAAAAGCACGUACAUACGGGCGGUCGCAUUGCUUCAGAUCAUGGCGCAAAUAGGAUCCUUUGUGCCGGCAGAGUAUGCCGCAUUCUCCAUAAUCCACAGCAUAUUUGCGCGAGUUUCGCUUGACGACAACAUUGAAAGCAACCUUUCGACUUUUUCUGUCGAAAUGCGAGAGAUGUCUUUCAUCCUGAGGAACAUUGACGACAAGAGCCUUGCGGUGAUUGAUGAACUGGGCAGGGCUACGAGCAACCGAGAUGGUCUCGCAAUUGCAAUUGCGAUGUCUGAAGCCUUGAUUCAAAGCAAAGCAUCUGUCUGGUUUGCGACCCACUACGUUGAUCUGACGAAGGUUCUUGCGGAUCGUCCAGGUAUCCUCAACCUUCACCUAGCUGCCACUACAUCGACAACUGAAGACGGGAUCUUCAGGCGAAAACGAGAAACGACCAAGCGUAGCUCAGAGUCAGCUAGGCUCGUAGCCCGCCGAAAGCUCAUUCUCAAUCUGCAGGAUGCAUUGAGGCAGGCUAAAGAUUCUGGAAGCGAGGAGGCGCUCCCCGGUUAUCUGCAGCGUUUACAAGAAGAUUUUGUUGCCCGCAUGGAGGAAAAUUGA